GUAAAAAGAUUUGUUAAAAAUGGAAGCUGACCUUUUACCAGAACUAAAAGAAACUAUUUGGGACAAAGAUCCAGAACUCUCAAAGAAAUCAGUGAUUAACAUGAGAGGUCUCCAUUUGAAUGAUAAAUAGAACUGAAUGAAACUACUGUUCGAAUCCUGUGAAAGAGGAAAAUCAUUUCUAUUGUUGGGGCAUGACUUGUACUAAACUGAGAACUGAUGAUUAUGAAAAAGCAUUAGAUUUGGGUUGGCAAAGAUCAGGCACUUGGUUGUACAGACCUGAUAUAAAAUAAAUCUUGCUGUCCUCUUUACACCCCUCGGAUUGAUAUUACCGAAUUUAAGAUUUCAAAGCAGCAGAAGAAGCAUAUGAAGAGGUUCAAUCAAUACAUAAAUGGGACAAGACUUUCCAAGUCUAAAACCGAUGAAGUAAUCCUCAAAGAUCCUGAAGAAAUCAAGAGAGCUACCAAUCAGAAGCAGUACGAUUCUUUCCUAGAGAACCUCAAAACUGAGCGUGAAGAAAUACGAAAUUUCGUCUUCGACUCCAUCUUUAACAAAGAAACCUUCAUUGACGAGCAAAUGACGGAUGAGAAGAAGAAAAAUGUGAGAAAUUUAAUGAAGAUCGAGGAUAUUCAUGUAGAAGAGGCCACAAAUAACCGAGCUCAUUACAUCUGUGAUAUAGUCAAUGUUGUUAUGCAAGAGACCGGGAUGAUAGAACCCGAAAUGAGGGAAUUAAUUGAGCCUACUAUCGACCAACUGCUCUCCAUGAAUUCCCAGUUUUUGGAGAAGUAUGAUAUCUAUCAGGGAUAUGAGAACCAAGGCAAACUCAUUUUUGUAUCAAAGAAGUAUAUCAGUAUUCAAAGAGCUAAAGAAGUUAUCUUUAAUGAUGAUGAGGAGGCCAAAGUUGAUGAAAAUAAUGAGUUUGGUUAUAAAGAGCAUGGGGAAGAACAAAAGAUCGCACAGGAAGCUGGGAAUUCCCGAUCUUAUACCGAAUUCUUCGAGGAGUUCGUUCCAAAUAUUACAAAAGAGGAAGAAAGAAAGCAUAGAUAUACUGUAUCGUUGCACAGAGCAAUCUGUUAUGAGGAAAAUUUGCAGGUUUUCAGGAAAUUUGACUAUAUCAGAUUCAAUAAGGAAAGAGUUAAGAGUGAUUUUGAAAGAUUCUUAACCAAUAGUCCACUGUAUGACCCUAAAGACCCUAACUUUCCUAAUUCUAGAACUUUUAGAGAUGAUGCAAAGAUAGAUGGAGAAAGAGUAUUUAUUGAUGAAGGAGUUAGUCCAAAGUAUUUUGGCUCAUAUCAUAUGCAUCAUAGAAUUGAUGGCAGGCUAGUUGCUAUAAACGUUUUGGAUAUCACAGAAAAUACUAUGAGUUCAAUCUACACUUUCUAUGAUCCUGAAUACAGUUUCUUAUCUUUGGGACAAGUAACUGCUGUGAGGGAAAUAGAAUACAUGUUAAAGAUACGUAAGGAGUUCAAUAGCUCCCUUAAGUAUUAUUACAUGGGUUAUUAUGUUCAUAAUUGCCAAAAGAGUGUAUAUAAAGAGCAUAUGCAUCCUCAGAACCUUUUGUGUCCAAUCACUUACACCUACGUACCCCUGACUCCUGAGGUGAAGGCCAAGAUUGCUGCAGAGAAGUUCUGACAACUAAACGAAGAAGCUCAACCUGUUAAAAACAAGAAUUUUGCUGAAAUUCUUGAAUAUAUUUCUAGCUUCAAACUAAUCCAUGAAAGGGACAACUUCUUGCAUAUUAACCAGAUCAGGAGUGACAUGUCACACACGUUUAGUGAACAACUUGUUGGGCUGUACCAAAUAAUGGGCAGCUUCCUUUUUGAGACUUUCAUAUUUGAAUAUUUGUAG